AUGACUCUGCACCUGCACCUCAUGCUAUGGAUCACAAAUGCAUUGACUCCACAGGAAAUACGUGAGCGUAUCAUGGACCCCACAUCUGACUUUCAACAGAAAAUGGUUCAGUAUCUAGAAAGUGUCCACCAAGCAGAGUUCAUGGGUGCAAACAUGGCCGAUGUGUAUGACCAGUUGCUCAGUGAUCAGCAGCAGGAUAAAUACAUUGAUCCUACCCUGACACUGCCAGACCCACCGCCUAAUCAGAUGCAUACAUGUGACAACAAGCACUUUGAUGAUUGUCAAGAUCAUGGAUGGUGGGCCAAGUUCUACAAGACUGUGAAUGACCUGGUAUACAAGUCCAACCGUCAUAGCUGCUCCACAGGCGAAAGUGAUUGCAAAUAUGACAAGCGGACAAAUAAGAUCAUGAAAGUCUGUAAGCAGAGAUUCCCCAGGACAACAAGGCCAUGCACAGUUGUUGAUCCAGACACAGGUGCACUGCUCAUGAAGCAAGGGGAAGCAAGGCUCAACACUUUCACUCCUGCCCUCACUUACCUCCUGAGAUGCAACACGGAUGUCACAAGCUUACUGUCUGGCACGGCAAUCAAGGCAAUCACUGCAUAUGUUACAGAUUACAUCACAAAGACUCCUUUGAAGACACAUAUGAUGUUCUCAGCUGUGAAGACAGUAUUCAGCAGA